UCACCGGCUGUAUAUAAACACGGCGGGGCUGAGCCACCAAAAUCAGGCAGUUCUGUCACCGGAGCCCACAACGAGGAGACGCGAAAGCAAGCGAAGCUCCGAGCGGCAAUAUACACGCCAUGAUCAGGACACAAGCUCUCCUGCUCGCCUGCCUGCUUGCCGCCGCGCCCCUGUGCCAUGGCAUCGUGGCCUCGCCCGCGUCGAUCGCCGGCGCCGCGGACAAGCUCGCCAUGGGUGGGAUGGAGCUGCGCCGCCCCAUGAUCGACGGCGUGACGGCGGCGAAUCGGUCCGCGGACGAGCAGCAUCCGACGGAGGCAAGCGAUGGGACCGCCGGGCACCGGCUCCACCUGAGCUGGCUCUCCUUGCUCUCGGAAGCGACUUCGCCGCUGGCCCGAGACCAUUCCUUCGUCGAGCAAGGCGUAGUGCUCGAUCACUUGCUCGUCUUCUUGGUGGUGCUCGUCGUCUACAUCUUCCGCUGAUUUGGAGGCAAGCCA